UAGAGUUGGUAUGUGUUUAUGUUUAUUUAGGUUAAGUUCCGGUUACUAAAACUUUACAAACAAAAAAUGAAACUAAUUAUAUCAAUUACUUUAUUUAUUAUAUUAAUUAAAAAUUGUAUUAAAUGCAUAUCUAUAGAUGAAUUAGGUUAUAUAUUAUAUUGUCCAUGUAUGGGAAGAUUUGGAAACCAAGCAGAUAAUUUUUUGGGGGCUUUAGGGUUUGCACAUGGUUUAAACAGAACUCUAGUCCUCCCGGCGUGGGUUGAGUAUCGUUAUGGAGAACCUCGCUCAAUCCAAAUACCUUUUGAUACAUAUUUUAAAGUAAAACAUCUUAAAGAAUAUCACAAAGUUAUUACAAUGGAAGAAUUUAUGAAAGACAUAUCACCGAUAAUUUGGCCUAAAGAUAAACGAAUAUCUUUUUGUUAUACACCCCGUGGGGAUACUGAAAGUUGUAAUGCAAAAGAAGGAAACCCUUUCGGCCCAUUUUGGGAUACUUACAAUAUAGAUUUUGUAAGUUCGGAGUUUUACGGACCUUUACAUUAUGAUGUUCAUCAUCAUGAUAUGAUUCAAAAAUGGAAUGAAAGAUAUCCAAGUAAAAAAUGGCCUGUUUUGGCGUUUACUGGGGCUCCAGCUAGUUUCCCUGUUCAAUUAGAAAACAAAGUAUUACAUAAAUAUUUGAAAUGGUCAGAUUUAAUUGAUCAAAAAGCAAACGAUUUUAUAAAAAAUGUUCUCCCAAAAGGUGCUUUUAUCGGAAUCCAUUUAAGAAAUGGCGUUGAUUGGACAAGAGCUUGCAGCCACAUUCCACAAAGUCCCAAUUUAUUUGCCGCCCCACAAUGUCUUGGUUAUCAAAAUGAACACGGUAAAGCCACAUCAGAAAUGUGUAUGCCACCAAAAGAUUUAAUUUUAAGACAGUUAAAACGAAUAAUCAAAAAAUAUAAUCACGAUCCCGAUAAAUACAAAGUUAUUAAAUCGAUUUUUAUCGCUUCCGAUAAUAAUUAUAUGUUAGAGGAGCUAACUGAAGGAUUGAGGCAGAGCAAUGUGGGGAUUUUUAAAUAUCCCCAACAUAAUCCUCACGUCGAUUUGGCUAUUUUAGGACGGUCGAAUCAUUUUAUCGGGAAUUGCAUUUCUUCGUUUUCAGCGUUUGUGAAACGGGAAAGGGACGGGUAUGGUUUUCCAAGUUCAUUUUGGGGAUUUCCCAGUAAAAAAAAUUCUAAAAGUCAUGAUGAAUUGUGAAAGAAAAUGUUUUUUUUUGUGAUUUUAUAAAAAAUAAUAAAG